AUGGUCUGCUCCGGGACAGCAGUGGCGCCUGUGCUCCGCGCCCCGCUCCGUUCCGCGCGCGGCGCAACCACUCCGCCCGCCCCGCGGCCGCUGAUUGGCCGAGUCUGCACCGCGGGGCGCCCGCAGACGGCUGCUAGGCCUCUGGACUUCUUGGGCACAUUUAGUAACCGAUGGUCCUAUGGAAUCGCCUUUGGGGCCACGGCCAAUAAGAUCAUGUUCUUGUUCUCAGAAGGCUACCAGCCCCUGCAGAUCCCGCAGUGGGCCCAAGCCUUUGUGCUUCUGAUGGGAGGCAUCGAAGUUGGCCUGUCCUACUUCCCCUUCUUUGCCUGCCUCUCGUCUGAGUUCCGGCUGGUUGGUGCCAUCCUGGGCUUCAGCUACUCUCUGAUAUGGUUUUCUGUCACCGUCCUUUAUAUUGCACAGUGUCCUCAUGGGCAGCUUGUGGGGAGGUAUGAAACCAUCAUAUUCUAUUGGCCGUCACUGCUGUGCCUCGCCUUCCUGCUGGGCCGCUUCCUGCACAUGUUCAUCAAGUCUCUGAGAGCCCACCGGGGCUGGGAGCUCCAGGCCUUCAUUGUCAUUGAAUUCUGCAUCUUUGUGUAUGUGAGAGAUGAGUUGGACGUGUUUGAAGUCGAGCUGGAAAACUACAUCAGCUCCAUGAAUGACACAGGGACACUGACCCCAGUCAUUCUGCAAGUGCAAGAGCUGAUCAGCGUGACCAAAGGUGGCCAUAGCAAGGUAUUCUGGGUGGCAAAUAGCCUAUAUUCUGUGGGGCUACCUCAUCAUGCACGUGGUACACAGCUUGUGCGGCAUGAUGGUCAUGUACGGCCUGGUGUUGCCCAUCAUGCAAACAAGGGCCUGGAGAUGCUGCAAGGCCUAGGCAUCGGGACAAAAGCAUUCCACAACUUCAACUACUUCCUGUUCUUCUACAACGUGCUGCUGGGCCUGGGCGCGUGCAUCUCCAGGCUGUUGAUCACCUGCAUCCUGGGCACUUGGUUGAUUGCGCGCAUCGACAGGACCAUCAUGCAGAAUGGCUACGAGAAAGCAGACAUGGGGUUCAGAGCAUGGAUUGGCAUGCUCUAUGUGGACCAUUAUCACACCAACCCUGUGCUCGUCAGCUUCUGUCACAUCCUGAUGACAGGUCACAAGGAGAGGAAGCUGCAGCAGGCCAUCAAAUACUGGUGCCUAAACCAAUCAGCAGUGGCCGCCAAAAUGCCUUCAGUGGGGCGAGUGACGCAGGUUCGGAAUGGGAAAGUCUACCAGCAGAUCUUCGAGGCCGAGGUGCAGCUGGUCCGGUCCCUGGCAGCCAGCAGGAAGCGGGCUGUGGAGCAUUCUCUGAGCCCAAAGAGCGGCAAGACUCCCCUGAUGAAGAAGGUGGAGGUGCCUGAAGGAGAGAUGCUGUCUCCUCGGCAGCAGAAAUGGGUGCACAGCCUGCCCAACGACUGGGUCACGGAAAACCCUGUGCUCUAUAAGGAAAAGAAAGCAGCCAAGAGGGAAAAAUCCCACGAGAGUGAGAGCACCAUCGCUGCCCGGGAAGUCCGGGGCCUUGGGGACACCAUCGUUCCUGAGAAGAUAAGCACCAUCACCCUUCAAGGGCGAGGAGACUACAAAAGGAAGAGCUACGAGAGUGCUUUGGUGAACUUUCAUAAGGAGAUCGAGCAGAUUGGGAUGGAAAUGGAACCUCUCAUCUUGGAGUCGGGAACUCUUUUUUUGAGAAAGCUGGCUGAGUGUGAUGAAGACAUUGAUCAGCUCUUCACAAAGGUGGAAAACGACUCCAACCUCCAGGAGUACACCAUCCAAACUCUGUGGGAGCUUCGGGAUAAGGUGACUGAGAAGUGCCUGCUUCGGAAGCAGUGGAUUAAGGAGCUGGAUGAAACUCUGCACUCGCUUGAGUUCUCGAGAGCUGAUAAACUUAAAGACGUAUUGAAGAAGUAUGUGGAAAUCAUUGAGAAAACUUCCUACCUAACGCAACCUGAUGUAUACAGACUGAUAAAUAAAGAAGCCAUGAUCAUAAACCAGGCCCUGCUGGGCAACCGGAGGGCCAUCGCCCAGCUGUUCCUCAACCUGAUGGAGGCCACCCUGCAGCAGGAGGUCAGCAACCACCGCCGCUGGCAGGACCUGGUGGACACCUGGAAGGCUCUCAAGAAGGAGGCUUUGGUGCAGAGUUUCAGUGAGUUCAUGGCCAGUGAGAGGAUCCAGUCUCCUCCAGCUGUGAAGAAGGAGCUGGAGGCCAUGCUGAAAACCCAGAAAACCAUGCAGUGUAAACGGCUGGAGCAUCUCUACAUGUUCUGUGAGCUUCUGCCCCCCGUUUACAGCCAAGAUGGGCUGACUGAAUGGUAUUCUUCUCUUGUCGCCCUGAAUAAGCAGCUAGACAUCUACCACGUGGACUGCAUGAUGCGAAUCCGCCAGCAGUAUGAGAAGACCUGGCAGGAGUGCCUGGCCCAGGUGCAGAAGUGCAAGAAUCAGCUGCUGGAUUGGAAGGCCUUCACUGAGGAAGAGGCAGGGAACUUGGUGAGCCCGUCCUUCUUCCAGAUGGUGGGCGUGCUGCAGAGCAAGGUGGAGGAGGAGCUGGAGUUUAUGGACAAAUCCUUUGAGGUCCUGGCUAAGCAGACAGACUGGCAGAGCCUGAAUCUCUUCAGGUACUUCCAGGAGGCCGUGCGGCUGUGGGAGGCCCACUGGAGCAUGCUGUCGGUUCAGGAGCUGGAGCUCGAAAAGAGGAUGGAGCAGCAUCGGCAGAAGCAGAGCCAGGAGAACCAGGCCCAGGAAGCCAUCCUAGAUAAGCUUUUGGACCAACUGAGGCAACAAAACCAUGAGCAAACACUGAAGAAUCAACUGGAAAGGGCCAAAGAUUUCCUGAAGAACAUGAAAUUAAGGUAUGAAAGUUUUCACUGCAUCCUGACAAAAGAAGUGAUGGAGUACCCAGUUAUGAUACUGAAAGAGCUCAAUUCCUACAGCUCCACCCUCAGCCGACACUUUUUCGUACGGGAAAUCUUUGAACAGAACCUGGAUGGGGAAGUUUUUUUCAGACUCAGGGAACCAGAAAUCUACGAAAAGCGCUUUCAGGGGAGGAUGCGAAAGCUGAGGAGAAAACAAAGAGCUGCCGCUGAAGUAAGCAAAAAUGAGGAAAGCGUAAGUAGAGGGGCAAGUUCCCCCAGGCCAGAAGAAGAGAUGGAAGAAAUGGAAGAAAUGGAAAGAGAAAAAUAUCAAGAAACCCAGUCCUUCGUAAAUGAAGAGAUGCUGAGCCAGCCAGAAAAAUCUGUUCUGUUUGACGAGAGGGCUGAGUCCAGAGAGGGCUCCCUUCACGGGUUAGAGGACACGCAGGUUCAGAGAGAGAACUCCUCAAAACCAUUUCUGACUGAGGAAGAUGUGGCUCAAGAAGAAGAGGAGGAGGGGCUGGAGGAGGAGGAGGAGAACGAGGAGGAGGAAAAUGAGGAGGAGGAGGAGGAGGAAGAAAAAGAAAAGGAAGAAGAUGAGAGUGCAUCUAUGGACGAGGCCGACUCCAAGGAAGAGAGUCUGGGGGAGAUCUCCAACGAGGACACGGAGUCCUUCACAACUUCCAGUGGGAACACAUAUUUUGUCUUCCUACCCAUGGAAGAAAAAGAGAGUUGCAGGAGGCCCCGUUCCUACCCCUCAGCCACGCUCACCAAGGACGCUUGCGAUGCCAAGUUCCUACAACAUGUGAUCAUUCCGUCCAAUCUUCUUUCAGAAAUUAAGAAGCGACUGCGGGUUGGCUUUUUUGAGCACCUUGAGAAAUGGUUUGACCAGUGUGCCAUCAACGCCCGGAUCAUCGUGGCCACCAAGAUUGAGGAGCUGGAGUCAGAACUGGAGCUGCGUCUGCACCUGCACCAGCCCAGAGCCCAGCGUAUUGAAAGAGACAUCCACAAUGUCCGGGCAGCUGAACUCUUGCUUCACCAAGAGCGGUUGGACAGUCACUGUGCUGGGGUAGUCGAGGCGCUGAAGAAGGAGAGGCUGAUGUUCUGCCAGUUCCAAGAAGAGCAAAACACGAGGAGCAGAAACUUUCGCCGCAAGAUUUAUGACAUGGAGCACAUCUUCUUGAACGCUUCGAGGAGUCACAAGCUGGUCAUUCUCAGCAGCACACUGCAUAGGGAGCUGCUGAGCUACGUCGACGUCAUCCAGGUGUCCCUGCGCAGCUUCCGGCAGUACUUGGAGGAGAGUCUGGGCAAGCUCCGCUACACCAACAUUGAGUUUAUCAGGCAUUGCAGGUUGUUUUCAGAAGGAGGCAACUUCUCUGCUGAAGAAAUCGACUCACUGUGUAGUAGACUGGAGAAGGAAGCUGCCCGGAUAGAGUUUGUUGAAAGUUUAAUCAUGAUCAACAUGGAGAAGAUGGAGAGCGAGUACCUGGACCAGGCCAAUGAUGUCAUUAACAAGUUUGAAAGUAAAUUCCAUAAUCUGUCUGUGGACCUCAUUUUCACAGAGAAAAUCCAGCGGUUGCUGACAAAUCUGCAAGUGAAUAUCAAGUGCGAGGUGGCAAAAUCCAAUUUGCAAGCAGGUGAAUUAAAUUCUUCUCUGGAGCAACUUCAAAGCAAGAUAGAAACCUGUCGAAACUCACCAGAUAAAAAUACAGUGACAACAGACGAUGUCCUCAGCUUUGUCCGAAGUUGGAUCAUAAAAGUGAGCAAGAGGAUUCAGUACCUCAACUGCAGCCCAGACCUUGUGACCGUGACUCAAGCGGUCUUUACUGACCACAUUAUGACUGACCCAGAGGUGGAGAGUGACAUCUUGGUGUCAUCAGAUGUCCUUGAAGAAGAUGCCAAGGUGGACCUGGUCACCCCGGAGUCCUUUGCCCAGCCGAGCCGCAUGGGAAAGUCCGUGAUUGAGGACCCGGUGGUGGAGGUGGUUAAGAGGAUCCUGCAACUUUCCGACAUAAAAUGCUCAGGCCAUUCGUGUGAAAAAGAUCGGUCCCAGACAGGUAAAGGUGAAUAGGCUUGUUGGUCUCUGGGAAGCUGGUGGUGGGGAAGUGCAGUGCUGUGUGGCCCAUCCUCACCUCCUGUCUUCUGCUUUUGUCCUGGGCACUCAUCCCCAGGCUUCAAGCGACCUGGGCGCCGGGGGGAGAACUCCCUAAAGAAGGCCUUGUCCAUUGCCAGUGCCAUCUCCGUAGGGAGCUUCAGCCGGUACUCCAAGCACAACCGAAUGGACAAGAAGUUCCAGGUACUCGGGGAGAAGUCACCUCCUCCAGCCCAGCAUUUUAAAGGGAUCAUCCUGACCCUCCUCUGGGAGAGCAAUGAGCUGCUGUUGACCGUCAUUGAGGAGUUUUACCGCAAAGAGAGGCGCCCAGUCACCAGGCCUGACUGCAUGUAUGAAACCUUCGACCAGUGCGCAGAGAGCAUCGGAAAGAAGAUCCUGGAGUACCAGAGCCAGACAGACGAGUACCACAACUCCUGCCUCAUUGAAUUACGGGUUCAGCUGAGGAGAUUUGAGGAGCUGCUGCCCCAGGUGUGUUGGCUGGUGACAGAGAAUUUCAAGGAGCACUACUGGAGAAGGUUUUCUGCCUCCAUGAAUGAGAUUUGGGGGCAGUUCCAAGAGCAGCUGAAACAGCUGGAAAAAGCUAAGGAUAAAAAUGCCCAGAAGCUCCAUCCAAAUCUUGGACACCCGACAAACUUCCAAGAAAUGGAGUCUCUAUGCCAUCUGGAAGAGAAAAGGCAAGAAGAGCUGGAUAGUGUGAUUCAGGCAAACAAGGAGAAGUUGGAGGAAUUCGCCAGGGAAUAUGGCCAGUUUUUCAUAGCCAACCUGGCCAACUUCACUGAGAAAUUUCUGCUGCAGCUGGAUGAAGUAGUCACCGUCGAUGAUGUCCAGGUUCCAAGGAUGGAGCCUCCCAAGCAGAAAACAUCGAUCCUCAUACGGAGGAAACUCGCUGGGCUCUCCCUGGAGGAAGAGCGAGAGAAGCCCCUGACUGAACGGGGGAGCAGGAAGUGGCCGGGAAUUAAACCCACUGAAAGUUCCAUCCAAAACAAGAUUCUCCUCCAGAAAACGACAUCCAUAACCACCACCAAAACGACCCUGGGCCACCUGGCAGCCGUGGAAGCCCGAGAUGCUGUUUAUCUGAAAUACUUAGCCUUAUUUGAGGAGGAGAUGAAGAAGAUCCAGAAUGACAACAUGUUGCAGGUGAAGGAGGCUCAGCGCUGGAAGGACAGCUGGAAGCGCUCCGUGCAUACCAUCCAGGGCCUGUACUUGUGA